CGGGCGUGACGUCGACGCAGCAGUGUCACGAGAGCGCUGCCGCCCGAAGGGCGCCAGGAGAAGCGCGUCCAGGAUGCCGCGCGGUGAUGCUUCCGAAACCGUCUGCACUGCCUAGCGGGAACCGAGCAUGAUUUUCAGGAGUCUCCCUCUGUCAUCCAGGUUGGAAUACAGUGGUGUGAUUCUGGCUCACUGCAAUCUCCACCUCCCAGGCCCAACCUUAGUCUCCUGAGUAGCUAGGACCACAGGGAAAACUAAGUUCAUUUCAAGGCAUUCGAAAUGGGGAAAGACUAUUAUUGCAUUUUGGGAAUUGAGAAAGGAGCUUCAGAUGAAGAUAUUAAAAAGGCUUACCGAAAACAAGCCCUCAAAUUUCAUCCGGACAAGAACAAAUCUCCUCAGGCAGAGGAAAAAUUUAAAGAGGUCGCAGAAGCUUAUGAAGUAUUGAGUGAUCCUAAAAAGAGAGAAAUAUAUGAUCAGUUUGGGGAGGAAGGGUUGAAAGGAGGAGCUGGAGGUACUGAUGGACAAGGAGGUACUUUCCGGUACACCUUUCAUGGCGAUCCUCAUGCUACAUUUGCUGCAUUUUUUGGAGGGUCCAACCCCUUUGAAAUUUUCUUUGGAAGACGAAUGGGUGGUGGUAGAGAUUCUGAAGAAAUGGAAAUAGAUGGUGAUCCUUUUAGUGCCUUUGGUUUCAGCAUGAAUGGAUAUCCAAGAGACAGGAAUUCUGUGGGGCCAUCCCGCCUCAAACAAGAUCCUCCAGUUAUUCAUGAACUUAGAGUAUCACUUGAAGAGAUAUAUAAUGGUUGUACCAAACGGAUGAAGAUUUCUCGAAAAAGGCUAAAUGCUGAUGGAAGGAGUUACAGAUCUGAGGACAAAAUUCUUACCAUUGAGAUUAAAAAAGGGUGGAAAGAAGGCACCAAAAUUACUUUUCCAAGAGAAGGAGAUGAAACACCAAACAGUAUUCCAGCAGACAUUGUUUUUAUCAUUAAAGACAAAGAUCAUCCAAAAUUUAAAAGAGAUGGAUCAAAUAUAAUUUAUACUGCUAAAAUUAGUUUACGAGAGGCAUUGUGUGGCUGCUCAAUUAAUGUACCAACACUGGAUGGCAGAAACAUACCUAUGUCAGUAAAUGAUAUUGUGAAACCUGGAAUGAGAAGAAGAAUUAUUGGAUACGGGCUGCCAUUUCCAAAAAAUCCUGACCAACGUGGUGACCUUCUAAUAGAAUUUGAGGUGUCCUUCCCAGAUACUAUAUCAUCUUCAUCCAAAGAAGUGCUUAGGAAACAUCUUCCUGCCUCAUAGAAUGAAGAACUUUGUUACCCAUAUUUCAAUAAGGCACUGAAAAUAUAGAAGGACUUGCAGUUUACUGAUGUAGAUGUGAAUUCUGUAUAAAGAUGUGUAAAUUCUUUUGAGGGUUCAUUAAAUUGCAUGAAUAGAGACGGGUCAAAUAAAUAGGCAAAAGGGAUUUUUAUAGUUAGAGAUAAAGAGAAAACCAUUCACUAUAUUUUAUUUCAUUUUUCCCAAUUCAGUUAUUUUUAAUAAUUUGCUUAUAUGUAAAAUUUGUUUUUGUGGAGUCAGUAGCUAUAGUUCUAGUAAAGCACUAGACUACCAAUUACUUUAUUUCUUAUAUCUUUAGAUAAUUAGUAUGAAAAGUUUCCAUUUAUAAUGGAAAUAAAAAUUCUUAAGUAAACUAUACAUGUAAUACGUAUUUCAAGAAGAUAAUAAAAACCCAAGUCAGUUAUUAGUUUUAAAUCACCUUCUGAAAUGCUGCUAUAGGCCUGGUAUCGGUAAAAGAAUAUUCUGAUGCAUUUGUUUUACCAUUUUGAUUUUUAAAGUAUACUGUAGCAUUUCAUUUUUUUUUCUUUUAUUUACUCUAGCAUUUCUUAAUAACAUUGUUGCAAUGUUUUUAAGGCAGACUUUUCUUCAUAAAAAGGAAAUUAAUGGUUAUUUCUCUCCUGUGGAAAUCCCAAUUGCCUGAAUUACUGAUAUUUUAGAAAUAGACUUUUUAAAAUGCCAUAUGUAAUUUUAUGCAAGUUGACUAUAUAUCUUGGACUGAAUAAAUUAUAGGCUCAUUUUGUUCUCUGCUAGUUUAAUUUGUUUAAUAAUGUGUUUUUAGAGGAAAUGCUGUUACUUGUAAUUAAUUUUCCAAUGAUACAGUCUUCUAUAACUUACUCAUAAUAUACUAUAUGUACUUUAUGUAAUUUCCCUAAAAAGAAUGAACUACCACUGCGCUAUGGUAUUAAACCAAAAUAUGGGGAAAAUAAACACUAACUGCUGCUUAUGGACAAUGUUGCAACUACUUGUUAUGCAUAUAAAUAUUUUACUUUUUCAUAUGUAUAGAUUGCAUUUCUUAGGUGUUUUAAUUUUUUAAAAUACAUUUACAUUUAAAAAAUUA